AAACAAUAUAUCCAAAAUGACCCAAAAACCAUUCCUCCUCCCAGCAGACAUGAUGGAGUCUCAACUAUCCACAAUUGACCUACUCACGGCCAUGUUCCCUUCAGAAGGCGAACUGGAAAUUCCCACAUCCACAACACAGUGCGUUGAAAAACUGCGUGCAUGGUGCGAGGAUCCGUCGAGUACUAUGCCGUCUGGGAUUCCUGAAAAUAUACUCCUCGCUGUGCGUCUACCAAUUGCGGGCGGGGAGAAGGUCAUCCAGGUUAAUAUUUCCAUUCCGCUACAAUGCGAGGAUGUGGGGAUUGAGCAGCCGCCUGCGUUAAGUUACUCGCUACGACAGCCGGAGUGGAUGUCCAAAGCUGAGGUUACUAGAAUGGGGGCCGCGAUGCCACGAGAUGAUGUCCUGGAGGCGUUUGAAUAUGUUCAAGAAGAGGCACUCCGCUUCUUGGAAAAUCAGCAAUCGCUGGCAUCUGAGAAUGCACCAAGUAAGAAGUCCGGGCCUAUUGUGCGAGUGUGGUUUUAUUUUCCGUCAUUAUCAACCCGUGCAAAAAGAGAUGAUAUGGUCAACAAUGCACCAGGCUAUUCUCUCACGGGCUUUGUGUUGGCAGGCAAACCGGGUGUAUUGUGUCUAGAGGGUGCAUCGACGGAUAUUGAUGAUUACAUGAGCUUCAUCAAGACACAUUCGUGGGGUGACAUCCCCAGUCAUCAGAAAAAGGUCAGCGAGAGAUUUAGAGAGACGGAGAAUGUCCAGAGAGUGUUCUCCGGGAUGGAGGAAAUCACGGAUUCACUGGGAGAAAGGGGUGGGCAGAGAGCAAAUCGGGGCGAUAUGCAGGCGUUGGAGGCGUGGCUGACAGCGAGAGGGCUGCAAGGUGCGUUUGAGAAUGUGAUAUUCUAAUGCAGUGCUAUAAAUGAUGAUUUGUUUCUACCCGACUGUAUAAAUAUUCUCGUCAAGUCCCAGGUGGGCGUCAAUCCCGCUCCGUGGCAUUUAAUCUAUAUUUUAUAGAAAAAGCGAACAAAUCGUUAUUUGUCAUCUUGCCUGUUUAUAGCCAAGGGACACUGAUGCAGAGAAUGGCCAGUAAACCCAAACUCAAGCAGCGAUGUCUUUUUUCCAAUCCAG